AUGUUCUCCUCUCCUCCUGGCGCUCCAGUCUCGGUCUCUUCUCCCCUGACAACACCCUCUAUAGUACAACCCACUGCUCCCUCUUUUAAUCCUCCUACCACCAGUUUCCAAUCAAUCUCGGCCCCGGCUCAGCUCCCUUUCCCCAUCGUGUCCUCAGUCUCGUCUCCCCAUACACCUCUGCAAGCCAAUCCCGCUGCUAUGGUAGCCCAGAUGGUUGCAUCGACAUCUGGCAUGUCAUCGACCCAGUCGGCUCAACACCCCUCCACAGAUCCACUCCUCACCACAGGACUUCACCCACCACCUUCUUUUCCCACCUACAAUGGGCCCUCCACUCCUAUCGUCAACGUCCGCGGCAAUAGGAAUGGAACCAAUGCUCGUCGCCAACAGUCCAUUCAUGCUCGUAACAGUAACUCCCUCCUCAACCAUCUCGGUGUUGGACGCAACAGUAAUCAGCCUAGUCAUGCUGAACUGUGCUUUCUUAUUAUGCCGCUCCACUGUCCUAACUCCCAUGGUGCUCACGAGAAUCCUGCCUACCUCCAUCCCGACGAUGCAGCCACUGCCAACUGGAAGAUGGAUCAGGCUGAUAUCCAACCCCUCAUUCAACGCCUCUCUAAUCUCAAACUCCACUUCACUGUUAACGUUUCCAAGGACAUCGACUGUUUUCGCGAAGUUCACCAAGCUCUCAUUGAUCACCAAGGCCGCCUUGACACCCCGAAGAUUACUGACAUGAAUCUCAGUCCAGACGUGCAGCCGAACGAUUGUGGUUGGUGCCUUCUUCAGUUUCGUGCAAGUCAGGGAUCGACCAGUCUCGUAUGUGCGAAGAGUGCCAGACAGGUCACCUAUUGGACCUGGAACAAUCUCAAGAUGCACUGCUCUCUUGCCAAAGCAUCCAAGGUCUCCGGUCAUGACGUGGACAGCCGGUUCAAGUCCUACUUCAUUAUCGCCCCUUCCCGUGGCAGUAUCAAUCACAAUAUCGUUGACUGCUAUCAAGGAGACUUUCAAACUCCCAUUCACCCGACAAAGGCACAAAUGCAACAUGCUUGCUUUCCUGCACGAGCGUUGUAUGGCCUUGCCUUCAUCUCUCAAACUGUUGGUGAAUAUGGAGCUGGUCCUGAUCAACGUUGUCUUCGUUUGUGUCGAGGAGAAGAUCCUAAUCUUCAGCCAAGCAUGAGUACUGCCCCACGAUACCUGCUUUGUCCAAAGAACCCCUGCUCCAGCACAACCGCAACUUCAGGCUUCGUUGUGCAGGCUUCAUCGCAAGCAUCCGCCUCCACGUCCAGUGCAGUGGAUCCAACGCCAAGUCAGCCCGCCACUUCUCCACAUACCCAAGAUGCUGCCCAGAACACUUCGGAAUGCCCCCCCUUCAUUCCGACCCAUAGACCCCGUUCCCCACCACCUUACAACAACCCCAAAUGGGAUUUCCCAGGAGACCAUCUGAGAAGACUCAAGAUACAGAGAAUCAGCAGAGAUUCGCGCCUCAUAAUCUAUGCCGCUGACCUAAAACAGGCUGCCGAAGUGCUCUGGAAUGUGCUCCUGCAUAUCGGCCGCGUUCGACAAAUCCUACUACCUGCUGAAACCCUUAGUCCCCACGCCUACCCUCUAACUGAUCUUCCUGAAGGAGUCAGCGUCGAAAACUGGUGGAUUCCGAGUGCAUACACCAACCCAGAAGUUCACGUUGAUGGCCCUGCAGUCGGUAAUAGUCUUAUCACCGUGACAUUGACCACCCUUCUUGAGCGUCUUCUCAACAUCACAGAUGAGAAUGCCGCCUAUGGUCACCUUCUUGGUGGUUCUUCACUAAUCUUUCCACGCAUGCCUGUAUACAAUUUAACUAACGAGCAGGCUGCGUUCUGGUGGGCCCACGGGUUUUCCCUAGCCCUAUGGUGUUUGGUUACUUGUCAAGCGCCGCUGCCUCUCUUUGCUAUCGUCCUGCAUGCUCUCCUCCCACCCGACAUCAGCCGAUGUCGAUACCAAUUAGACAAGUCGUCGCCUUCAUCCAUCAACAGCGUGUGCCCAGACAUCGGCCGCUUCCUGCGUGCUUGGUUCGACCUGCAAAAGAUGCAACCCCUGUCAACCCAUGAGGAUCGCAGGGUCCGCAUUCUGGAGCCUGUACCAGAGUUUCUCGUCGAGUACUGCGAUCCAGUCAUUAGUCCUCACCAGCUCGGUAUGGGGGAUUCGCGCUGCCCUGAGCUCCAUGAAAAUGUUGACAGAGCCAUUCGUGCUCUACACUUUCUCGGCCAGGCAAACUUUGAUGGUCUACCUGCUUGGCACCAGUAUCAUGCUGGAUUUCACCAAAAGUGGGGCCAUGGUUUCAACGAAUCAUCCUCAUCGGCCGCCCCAUCUCUCCCCACCAUCAUCGCAAGUGUAUGCGAUCUUGCACAACGGUCUACCCAGGAGUUCGUCUACUGGUUUUGCAACAAUAAGCUUGAAACCUUGGACCAGCUAACAAGCAUUAUCAAAUAUAACAUUUCUUCUGUCGAGGAUACCCCUCUAGGCAAAAAAGUCGCUCCUGGAAUUGAUGGUAAUUUUGCACAACUUGUGAAACGUCGAUUCCGACUAGCGCUCGAGUACUACCUGAGCAAAGACCCUAUUCAACGAGGCACCCAGCUGCUUAAGACUGUGACCGCCUCCCCCUAUCUCCCUCCGUUUUCCAGGGACAAAAUACAGUUCAACUUCGUCUCGCCCCCCGGGCGACAUCCCGUCGACAGCAGAGAGUCGAUGUUGUACCAAUUUGUGCACUCCUGCUUCAUGAGUGUCGACAUCGGCUUCGAUGUUGCCCUGGCCAUCUUGUUAGCUGAGGGGGUAUGGAAUGGCAUCCCGUACCUGAAAGGACGGUCCAUCCGUCGCGCUGGGUUAAAUGUUGCAUCUCGAUACGCUAUGUAG